AAAGAAAAACAUGGAAAAUUUGAUGAAAUCGUUGUCGGUUUAUGUUGCCCCCUAGACUACUUGUUCUCUUGGUAGCGGAGUUCAGUUUCGUUCUUGAAAGUGUUCAGAGCGUAUAUUAAUUCUGAAUCUUGGGUUCUACCAUUGUGGCAAAGAGGAUAAAAAGAAAGGACCCAUUUUGGAGGUUAUCUUAAUUUAGGAAAAAAGAAGAUUAAAGAAGAAGAUGAGUUCAGUUCCUAAAGAAAAUUUGUUUUGUUUGAAAUGGCCAUGGGAUGUUAGCAAACAGCCGAAAAGUCCCAACCUUUGUGCCUCUGAAGGUCCUUGGUUGUUCAAGUCUAUGCAAAAUCUAGGAUCCCUUGUUCUAAAUUCUUUCAACUCGGUUUCGAAAUUUUCUGGUUCAUGGUUCAAUAAUUUCAAUCCUGCCCAAUUGGCUGCUGGGAGUAGUCUAAAUGGCAACUUGAAGUUGAAAAGGAAAAUAUUGGGUCCUGAAGAACAAGGGGAGGCAGAGCAUAGAGCUCUUGCAUCAGCGCUAGCAAGUGGAAAGGAGGCUACAGUGAUUGAGUUUUACUCACCUAAAUGUAGUUUAUGUAAUUCCUUACUUAAGUUAGUCAUGGAGUUGGAGAAUAGGAAUUCAGAUUGGCUCAACAUUGUUAUGGCUGAUGCUGAGAAUGAGAAAUGGCUGCCUGAGCUUCUUCAUUACGACAUCAAAUAUGUUCCUUGCUUCGUGUUGUUGGACAAAAAUGGGUGGGCACUUGCAAAAACAGGUAUUCCCAGCAGUCGGCUGCAUGUAGUGGCAGGUCUCUCUCAUCUUCUCAAGAUAAAGGGCCCUACAUGUGGUGGUAGCUCUUGCUCAUCUCCUCAACAAUGAUAUUUUUACCUUUGUAAGUUCUUUGAAGACACAUUUUAUUCCUUCCCUUCUGUGUGGAGGAGAGGUGUUUGCAGUGCCUUAAUAUGCAGCUGUAGUCAAUUAAAGGGCUUCAGAGUUAGCUGGAAAGUGGUUAAGAGAUCCUUACAGUGAAAGAGUCACAGAACUGACAGCUUGAUAACUGUUAGCCAUGAUAUCUAAUCUUUGAGGCAUUGCCGACAGCUGUCUUUAUGAAGAAGCAAGUUGAUAAAGAGUUUAAAUAUGUUCAUGAUCGAUGUUUGUCAGCACUUGCAUGUCUGCACUCUUGCAUUAGUCUUACCUGUUAACAAAUUUGGAGCUAUUACCCUUGAUGUUGGACCAACCAAUAUUGGAGGAGAAGUGACUAGAAUGAGCCAAUGAUGCUAAUGAUGCAGUUUGGUUUGAUUGCCCACCCUCUUAGCUGAUGGGCAAGCAAAAAUAAGUGGUGAAGAGUCCCCCUUUCACCGCAGCUCGCAGGCCAUGUUUGGCGCCGCUGUCCUAUGAGGAUUUCCCCCUCCUGGUGCAGAUAUCUCUCUCUUCAAGUUUCUAUCAUCAGUCACGCAACAUUCCCCACUUCCACUCUUUAAUCUCUAUUUCUUGAUAAGUUGAUGAAAAACAUACAGACAAUGUCUACCACGUGCAUGUGUGUUCAUUGACAAUUUGAUUAUGGAGAGGGAAACAGAUGCAAAGAUCUGGAGGUGGAAAUGAACCAAACCUUAAGGCAACCAAAAGACCCAAAAAGAAAAAGGGUCACCUCCAUUAGGGCAUUCGAUCUUUUCUUGUGGUACUUUUUCCCCCGAAUACAACAAAACAGUUACACGGAGAGUGAUAAAUGUAAGAAAUAAUGUGAACUGACAUGUCGAACGGCGCGAAUAUGGCUGACGUAGCAGCAAUUCAUUGUUUCUUGUCACAACAUGCAUGUACGGGCCCCCAAUUUAAAGACCCUUCUGCUGCAGAAUUCAAUACCGUUAAUACUCACCUCACAAAAGAAUGUUUUCAAUCUGAAGCAAGGCACGGAAAUUCGCUUUUCAAUACACACAUUGUGGAUCAGAAACUCGCUGUAACAUUAUCAAUGCCCAAGGGAUAUCAUGGACAAAUAGAUUGUAGUACUGAGUAUAGAUCAAAAUAUUAUAGUCGA